AAUACUAUUUUAUUCAAUGUUGCAUUUUAUUGGAUAAGGUAUAUACAAUAUUAUCAAAUAAAUGGGUAGAGGCUCUGGGUUCCAUAUGCGAUUACCUUGGCAUGACAGCACGCACGCACACAGACAGACAGACUCCCCCGCCCCAGCUCAAUCCAAACACACAUCCAGGGAUCAGCACAGUCACCAUCGGGAGCUAAACAGAGAGGGAUCACCGGGAACCCUUCAGCCGCCGCUGCUGUCGACACACACACUACCACCUGCGUUGACACUUUUAUAUUUCUAACGGAAGAACCGUGAACAUAAAGGGGGUGCUGGAUACCGGGAGGACGGCAUGGGAGAGCUCACGGCGUUUCUGCUGUUACUGGUGGCGACCUUGACGCUUUCGUCCGAGGUGCCUGCUGAUGACUCUGUGGGUUUGCUAACUGAGCCCCAGGUGGCCAUGUUCUGCGGGAAGCUCAACAUGCACAUCAAUGUGCAGAGUGGCAAAUGGGAGUCUGACCUCUCGGGCACGAAGAGCUGCAUCGGCACCAAGGAGGGCAUCCUGCAGUACUGCCAAGAGGUGUACCCAGAGUUGCAGAUUACAAAUGUUGUGGAGGCCAACCAGCCCGUCAGCAUCCAGAACUGGUGCAAGAAAGGCCGCAAGCAGUGCCGCAGUCACACACACAUUGUGGUGCCAUACCGCUGCCUGGUUGGGGAGUUUGUGAGCGAUGCCUUGCUCGUGCCUGACAAGUGCAAGUUCCUGCACAAGGAGCGAAUGGACCAGUGUGAGAGCCAUCUGCACUGGCACACUGUCGCCAAAGAGUCCUGUGGAGACCGCUCCAUGAACCUCCAUGAUUACGGGAUGCUGUUGCCAUGUGGUAUCGACCGUUUCCGAGGGGUGGAGUUUGUCUGCUGCCCGGCGGAGGCGGAGCGAGAGGCGGACAGCGCGGAGCUGGAAGGGGAGGAGUCAGACGUCUGGUGGGGCGGAGCUGAGGCCGAAUACUCUGAUAACAGCAUGUCACACCCGACCGACACAGAGGCAGCCAUCGCUGAGGACGAAGAAGAGGACGACGACGACGACACGGAGACUUUUGAAAGGGAUGAGAACGGAGAUGGCGACAAUGAUGAAGAUGAUGAGGAUGAGGAGGAAGACGACGACGUGACCGAUGAACGGGAUAGCGAUGAGCGCAAUGCUAACAUCGCAAUGACCACCACCACCACCACCACCACCGAAUCAGUUGAGGAAGUCGUUCGAGCCGUUUGUUGGGCUCGUGCUGAGUCGGGCCCCUGUCACGCCAUGCUGGAGCGUUGGUACUUCCUGCCUAAGAAGGGCCGCUGUGUUCCCUUCUUGUUUGGGGGCUGUGGGGGCAACAGGAAUAACUUUGACUCGGAGGAGUACUGCCUAGCUGUCUGCAGCAGCUCGUUGCCCACCAUAGCCCCCAGUCCUCCAGACGCCGUGGAUCGGUACCUCGAAUCUCCCGGGGACGACAGCGAACACUCUGACUUCCAGAAGGCCAAGGAAAGCCUAGAGGCCAAACACCGUGAAAAGAUGUCCCAGGUGAUGAGGGAGUGGGAGGAGGCUGAGAGGCAGGCCAAGAACCUUCCUCGUGCUGACAAGAAAGCUCUCAUCCAGCACUUCCAGGAGAAGGUGGAGGCCCUCGAGCGGGAGGCAGCAGGAGAGAGGCAGCAGCUGGUGGAAACCCACAUGGCCCGGGUGGAAGCUCUGCUCAACAGCCGCCGACGCCUGUCUCUAGAAACUUACAUCAGUUCCCUACAGGCCAAUCCUCCACGGGUACACACACACACACACACACACACACACACACACACACAGACACACAGACACACA